CGCAGAGGGGCGGCCAUGGGCCGCGCGGCCGCCGGCACCCCGGGACGCUGCAGGCAGCGUAGCCGAUCCCGGGGAGGCCGCCGACGGCGUCGAUGCCGGCGCCGGAGUCCUCGGAGGCGCCGGGGCCCUCGGCGGAGGAGAGCUCGCUCGCGCCGCCGCCGCAGGGCGCGCGCCCGCCGGAUGAAGUCGGGGCCCGAGUCGUCGGGCCCUCCUCCGGCCGCGCUGCGGCAGGGCCCCGACUGCAGCAGCUGCGCCGAGCUCCUGGGCUCGUGCGCAUCCCGCGAUGAUUGGCGCUGUGCGCGCUCCAUGCACGAAUUCUCAGCCAAGGACAUCGACGGGCACAUGAUUUGCCUGGAUAAGUACAGGGGUUUCGUGUGCAUCGUCACCAACGUAGCCUCGCAAUGAGGCAAAACCGACGUAAACUACACUCAGCUAGUCGAUCUGCAUGCCCGAUACGCCGAGUGUGGUUUACGAAUCCUGGCCUUCCCUUGCAACCAGUUCGGGAGGCAGGAGCCAGGGAAUAAUCAGGAAAUCAAGGAGUUUGCGGCCGGCUACAACGUCAAGUUUGACAUGUACAGCAAGAUCUGUGUGAAUGGGGACGAUGCCCACCCAUUGUGGAAAUGGAUGAAAGUCCAGCCCAAGGGCAGGGGCAUGCUGGGAAACGCCAUCAAAUGGAACUUUACCAAGUUUCUCAUUGAUAAGAAUGGCUGCGUGGUGAAGCGCUAUGGCCCCAUGGAAGAGCCCCAGGUAAUAGAGAAGGACCUGCCGUGCUAUCUCUAGCCCUACAAGUGUGUGCCCCGGCCGAGCCCCCUGCCCUGUGACCCCUGGAGCCUUCCACCCCGGCACUCAUGACGGGCUGCCUGCAAACCAGCCUGCUGGUGGGGCAACCCCGAGGACCUGGCGUGCAUCCCCGCCGGAGGAAGGUCCAGAGGCCUGUGGCACUGGCUCGAGCUUCAGCUUGGCUGCCUUGUGGGAAUAAAAUGUAGAAAUGUG